AUGGCCGACGGGAAGGAUGUUGCCGUCUCAAGCAACACCGUGAGCUCAGACUCCCACCCACCGAGCGAGACUGGCGACCGGAACGCGGAGAGUAGUGCCGGCAAACCCUCUGGUCUGACCUAUGCCCGUCGUGGAGAGGAGGUUGACGAUGCCACAGUGGCACAGGGAGUCGACGGGUUUGACGCCGAGCGGAUGCGCGACCGUGCGCUGCUCACGGCCGAGGAGGAGAAGAAGCUGAUGAGGCGGGUGGACUGGCGCAUCAUGACUGUCUGCUCGCUGUUGUUUCUGCUCAAGAACCUUGACUCGGACAACAUCUCCAACGCCCGGAUCAUGAACAAGGGAACGGAUAUGAAUAUCAUGACGCAACUGAAGAUGACCUCCGAUGAGUACAAUCUACUCACUGUCUUAUACUACGUUCCAUACAUUGUAUUUGAGGCUCCAUCCAACCUGCUUCUCAAAAAAUUCUGGCCAAGCACUUGGCAAUCGAGGAUCAUGAUCAGUUGGGGAAUCGCCCUCUUGUGCCACGUUCCGGUGAACAACAAGGGGGGCAUCUACGCAACGCGAUUCCUUCUCGGUUUGGCCGAAGCUGGCAUGUUCCCGGGCGUGAUUCUCCAGCUCUCGUACUGGUACCGGCCUGACGAGAUGUCCGUUCGCCUCUUGUAUUUCUACAUCCUCGGAAAUCUGUCUGGGGUGUUUAGUGGACUUCUCGCUUUUGCUUUCGACACCGUGUCUGGAGCCCGCGGACUCAGUGGCUGGCAGUACCUGUUCCUUUUCGAGGGCCUCGUAACUGUAGUGUUUGGCGUCGCCGUGAAGUUCAUUCUACCAGACUUCCCCCCCACAGCCAAGUGGCUCACCGACAAGGAAAAGGCCUUCAUCCAGGCCCGCCUGCCCGCCAACGCCCCCCGCGCCGCCGAGGAGGACUUCAACAUCAAGGAGAUCGUCCAGGCCCUCAAGGACCGCCGCCUCUGGCUCUUCACCCUCAUCUGGGCCACCUUCACCGUCGGCACCUCGGGCGUCCGCUUCUACCAGCCCACCGUCAUCGCCAACCUCGGCUUCACCACCAUCGCCCGCGCCCAGCUCCUCAACCUGCCCAUCUCCCUCCUCGCCAUCACCGUCAUCGGCGUCACCGGCUACUUCGCCGACAACGGCCGCCUCCCCCGGCCCGUCUACCCCCUCGGCGUCUUCGUCGUCGUCAUGGCCUGCUACGGCGUCCUCGUCGCCUACCCCUCCAACGGCGCCGUCUACGCCGCCACGCUCAUCGGCAACGCCUUCACCUCGGCCUUCUUCCCGCUCAUGUGGCCCUGGCGCGUCCAGACGACGGCCCGCGCCACGGGGUCCGCCUUCAGCAUCGGCUUCGUCAACAGCUACGGCCAGAUCGGCGGCGCCAUCGGCCCGCAGAUCUUCAAGUCGGCGUACGCGCCGCGGUACCGGACCAGCUUCGCCAGCGCCAUGGGGCUCGUCGGGCUCUGCACGCUGACCACGCUCGCGACCUGGUGGGUCACGCGCAAGACCGAGGCGGACACGAGGAGGCUGAAGAGGGCGAGGGUGAGGGCGGAGAGGGAGGGGCUGACGGUGCUCGACGACGUGGUCGAUCGGGAUUUGAAGCGGCAGGGUAACUCUAGUUCAGAUGAUCGUGUAUAG